AUGUCAAAACUAGAAGAAUAUCUCUAUGCUCUUAACUGGAAUAACAGCAUAUCGGUUGCAAUCAUUACCCUGAUAUCCUAUGACUACGUGCUUCAAUUUGGGAAAGAGGUCACGUUCGUUUGGCAAAGGCAGUGGUCAGUGAUGACAUAUCUAUACCUUGUUGUUCGAUAUUUUGGUCUUGUCAUUGCAAUGAUUUGCGCCACCUGGGGAGGUCUAUUCUAUAUACCUGAAGCACCGUACGUCACAAUUGUGAGUGUAUCGUAUUCAACUGAGACUAGCUUUGCUAAUCAUCAAAUUGAAAUAGGUUAUGGUAUAUUCGUGUUCAUGGAAUGGGGUUUUUCUGCAUAUUUUUGCUUGGCGGAAGUCAUUCUCAUCUGGCGUCUUUACGCCCUGCACAACCGAUCUAAGCUCAUACUUUAUGUUCUACUGGGGUUGCUCCUACCUAUCGUCGCGCUCUAUAUAGCGGUGGCUGCAUUUUUAUGGAGCCAGCCUUCGAAGAUCUCUGUUCAAGAAAUCAGAAUAACCCCAAAUAUCAAGUACUGCACGGCUGUCUUCCACACUGGGCCUAUGCCUGCGAUCUACGCUUCCAUCCCUGUCAUAUGCUAUGAUAUUUUCUUGGUUGUUCUCGCCAUUGCCGUCCUCAAGAAGCACCUGAAAGAACGAAAGGAACUUAAAAUGAAGCCUAACACCUACGUAGUGAUGAUCGUCCGAUAUCAUGUCAUAUACUUUGUCCUGAAUUUGGCAACUCAAAUCGUCAUGGCGAUAGUAUGGGCCCACCUUACGACGGUGAUGCUGGGUCUUGUACUAUUGUUCAAGGAUACCGCGCCAUUGAUUAUCGUGCCACGUCUUAUCAUCAGCAUUUGGGACACGCAUGCCAAUGAAGACUGCGUACACAUCAGUACAAUGUUCGAGGAUUGUGUCUGUUUGUCUUUGCCACCGGAAUUGGAGCAGCCCGAGGUUGACUCUUGUGUAUGA